AGUGACGCGUUGCUGGGCAGACAGUUGCGAAGAAGAAAAGUUGCUGAGGUCGGAUCUGUUGUCACCGCGCCAUAUUAUUUCUUUCUGGCUGCCUGAGUGAAGCGAUAAAAAAUGCAGAUCUUUGUGAAGACCUUGACUGGCAAGACCAUCACCCUAGAGGUGGAGCCAAGUGACACCAUUGAGAAUGUGAAGGCCAAAAUCCAGGACAAGGAAGGCAUUCCUCCAGACCAACAGAGGCUGAUCUUUGCUGGAAAGCAGCUGGAAGAUGGCCGCACCCUCUCCGACUACAAUAUCCAGAAGGAGUCUACCCUCCAUCUUGUCCUGCGUCUGAGGGGUGGGAUGCAGAUCUUUGUGAAGACCUUGACUGGCAAGACCAUUACCCUGGAGGUGGAACCCAGUGACACCAUUGAGAAUGUGAAGGCCAAAAUCCAGGACAAAGAAGGCAUUCCUCCAGACCAACAGAGGCUGAUCUUUGCUGGCAAGCAGCUGGAAGAUGGUCGUACCCUUUCUGACUACAAUAUCCAGAAAGAAUCCACUCUCCAUCUUGUCCUGCGUCUGAGGGGUGGGAUGCAGAUCUUUGUGAAGACCUUGACUGGCAAGACCAUCACCCUGGAGGUGGAGCCAAGUGACACCAUUGAGAAUGUGAAGGCCAAAAUCCAGGACAAAGAAGGCAUUCCCCCAGACCAACAGAGGCUGAUCUUUGCCGGCAAGCAGCUGGAAGAUGGUCGCACCCUCUCUGACUACAACAUCCAGAAAGAAUCCACUCUCCAUCUUGUCCUGCGUCUGAGGGGUGGGAUGCAGAUCUUUGUGAAGACCUUGACUGGCAAGACCAUUACCCUGGAGGUGGAGCCAAGUGACACCAUUGAGAAUGUGAAGGCCAAAAUCCAGGACAAAGAAGGCAUUCCCCCAGACCAACAGAGGCUGAUCUUUGCCGGCAAGCAGCUGGAAGAUGGUCGCACCCUCUCCGACUACAACAUCCAGAAAGAAUCCACUCUCCAUCUUGUCCUGCGUCUGAGGGGUGGGAUGCAGAUCUUUGUGAAGACCUUGACUGGCAAGACCAUUACCCUGGAGGUGGAGCCAAGUGACACCAUUGAGAAUGUGAAGGCCAAGAUUCAGGAUAAGGAAGGCAUUCCUCCAGACCAACAGAGGCUGAUCUUUGCCGGCAAGCAGCUGGAAGAUGGUCGCACCCUUUCUGACUACAAUAUCCAGAAAGAAUCCACUCUCCAUCUUGUCCUGCGUCUGAGGGGUGGGAUGCAGAUCUUUGUGAAGACCUUGACUGGCAAGACCAUCACCCUGGAGGUGGAGCCAAGUGACACCAUUGAGAAUGUGAAGGCCAAAAUCCAGGACAAAGAAGGCAUUCCCCCAGACCAACAGAGGCUGAUCUUUGCCGGCAAGCAGCUGGAAGAUGGUCGCACCCUCUCCGACUACAACAUCCAGAAAGAAUCCACUCUCCAUCUUGUCCUGCGUCUGAGGGGUGGGAUGCAGAUCUUUGUGAAGACCUUGACUGGCAAGACCAUUACCCUGGAGGUGGAGCCAAGUGACACCAUUGAGAAUGUGAAGGCCAAGAUUCAGGAUAAGGAAGGCAUUCCUCCAGACCAACAGAGGCUGAUCUUUGCCGGCAAGCAGCUGGAAGAUGGUCGCACCCUUUCUGACUACAAUAUCCAGAAAGAAUCCACUCUCCAUCUUGUCCUACGUCUGAGGGGUGGGAUGCAGAUCUUUGUGAAGACCUUGACUGGCAAGACCAUCACUCUUGAGGUGGAGCAAAGUGACACCAUUGAGAAUGUGAAGGCCAAAAUCCAGGACAAAGAAGGCAUUCCUCCAGACCAACAGAGGCUGAUCUUUGCUGGCAAGCAGCUGGAAGAUGGCCGCACCCUCUCUGACUACAAUAUCCAGAAGGAGUCUACCCUCCAUCUUGUCCUGCGUCUGAGGGGUGGGAUGCAGAUCUUUGUGAAGACCUUGACUGGCAAGACCAUUACCCUGGAGGUGGAACCCAGUGACACCAUUGAGAAUGUGAAGGCCAAAAUCCAGGACAAAGAAGGCAUUCCUCCAGACCAACAGAGGCUGAUCUUUGCCGGCAAGCAGCUGGAAGAUGGUCGCACCCUCUCUGACUACAAUAUCCAGAAGGAGUCUACCCUCCAUCUUGUCCUGCGUCUGAGGGGUGGGAUGCAGAUCUUUGUGAAGACCUUGACUGGCAAGACCAUUACCCUGGAGGUGGAACCCAGUGACACCAUUGAGAAUGUGAAGGCCAAAAUCCAGGACAAAGAAGGCAUUCCCCCAGACCAACAGAGGCUGAUCUUUGCCGGCAAGCAGCUGGAAGAUGGUCGCACCCUUUCUGACUACAAUAUCCAGAAAGAAUCCACUCUCCAUCUUGUCCUGCGUCUGAGGGGUGGGAUGCAGAUCUUUGUGAAGACCUUGACUGGCAAGACCAUCACCCUGGAGGUGGAGCCAAGUGACACCAUUGAGAAUGUGAAGGCCAAGAUUCAGGACAAAGAAGGCAUUCCUCCAGACCAACAGAGGCUGAUCUUUGCUGGAAAGCAGUUAGAAGAUGGCCGCACUCUCUCUGACUACAACAUCCAGAAAGAGUCCACUCUCCAUCUUGUCCUCCGUCUGAGGGGAGGCAUUUAGAUGUUCUGAACAAUUUUCAAAUUGCCAGUAAAAUUUGUUUGCACUGUAGCAGUAUUAUGGCUUAAUAUUGUAAGGUUAAUGCAAGUUUCCGGUAACUGCUAGACUGUUUGUGUCAAUGCUAAUAAAGUUUUCUGUUGCACAUUA